AUGCUUUCAAGUUUUAAUUGUUAAUUAAUAUAUAAAAUCUACAUCUUUUCUUUUUCUUCCAAAAAUAUUUUGUAAUGUAUAUAUAUAUAUAUAUAUAAAAUUAGUCUAAAAAUAGGAAGAAAAUGUAUAAUUUGGAUUAGCCUAUAUAGUUUUAACUGUAAAUUAUGAUAAAAAUCUUUUAUUGAGGCUAUAAUUUUAUUGUUUAUUAGAUUUCAAAUAAAACUGUGAUAAUAAUGAAUAGGAUUAGUGUUAAAUAUUUAGAAAUUGUUCUUAUUUGUUGAAAAUAGGACAUUAUUAAAUAUGUUGGAUUUUGAGUAAGAUUUUUAUAAAUUUGUUAAAGCUCAAUUAGAUAAGAAGAGAGGGAUUAAACAACUAGCCUUUGAUGAUUCAGAAAAUGAUGAAGAAGUUAUUAGAAGUAAGAAAUUAUCAUUUUAUUUAGGAAAUAGGUUGUAGAGUGAGAACAUCCAAAAAGUCUUAUUAAAUGAAAGAAAAAAGAUGAAGAUAAGUAAAAUUUCAAAAGAGCAACAUUUUGAAAACAAAAUGAAAGAUUUUACAUCUAUGAACACUUUUAUUGAUGUUAAGUAGUUUCUUAAAAAUCUUAAUGAUUCAUAAGUAAAAAAAAGUCACAAAAAUUUAUUCCAAUCCUUAAAAAAAUCAUAAUAAGAUAGUGAUGAUGAAGAUAUAUAUGAUUAUGCAGAAAUUGUUUAAAAAAGUAAGAAAUUUAUUGCAAAUUCUGAACAUUUUAGAACUAAACCUAAUAUAGAAGGUUAUUUAUAAAUAGAUAAUGAGAUUAGCUAAAGAUCUAAGGCUAUAGAAGAAGGAAGGUCAACAAAUGAGAAAUUCUAUACUGGUAUUGAUAAAUUAAUAACUGAUAUUAAUCACAAGAAUGUUUUGUCUGAGAUGGACAGAAAAUAUGAAAAAGAGAGAAAGAGGAAUAGAAACUCUAUGAAUUCUGAUAAAAUUAUUUAGUCAGCAGUUCCAUUAGAUUUUGGGAAAGACGAAAUUGCAAUNCUAUAUCAUACUAUUAAUGCUUUCAAGUUUUAAUUGUUAAUUAAUAUAUAAAAUCUACAUCUUUUCUUUUUCUUCCAAAAAUAUUUUGUAAUGUAUAUAUAUAUAUAUAUAUAAAAUUAGUCUAAAAAUAGGAAGAAAAUGUAUAAUUUGGAUUAGCCUAUAUAGUUUUAACUGUAAAUUAUGAUAAAAAUCUUUUAUUGAGGCUAUAAUUUUAUUGUUUAUUAGAUUUCAAAUAAAACUGUGAUAAUAAUGAAUAGGAUUAGUGUUAAAUAUUUAGAAAUUGUUCUUAUUUGUUGAAAAUAGGACAUUAUUAAAUAUGUUGGAUUUUGAGUAAGAUUUUUAUAAAUUUGUUAAAGCUCAAUUAGAUAAGAAGAGAGGGAUUAAACAACUAGCCUUUGAUGAUUCAGAAAAUGAUGAAGAAGUUAUUAGAAGUAAGAAAUUAUCAUUUUAUUUAGGAAAUAGGUUGUAGAGUGAGAACAUCCAAAAAGUCUUAUUAAAUGAAAGAAAAAAGAUGAAGAUAAGUAAAAUUUCAAAAGAGCAACAUUUUGAAAACAAAAUGAAAGAUUUUACAUCUAUGAACACUUUUAUUGAUGUUAAGUAGUUUCUUAAAAAUCUUAAUGAUUCAUAAGUAAAAAAAAGUCACAAAAAUUUAUUCCAAUCCUUAAAAAAAUCAUAAUAAGAUAGUGAUGAUGAAGAUAUAUAUGAUUAUGCAGAAAUUGUUUAAAAAAGUAAGAAAUUUAUUGCAAAUUCUGAACAUUUUAGAACUAAACCUAAUAUAGAAGGUUAUUUAUAAAUAGAUAAUGAGAUUAGCUAAAGAUCUAAGGCUAUAGAAGAAGGAAGGUCAACAAAUGAGAAAUUCUAUACUGGUAUUGAUAAAUUAAUAACUGAUAUUAAUCACAAGAAUGUUUUGUCUGAGAUGGACAGAAAAUAUGAAAAAGAGAGAAAGAGGAAUAGAAACUCUAUGAAUUCUGAUAAAAUUAUUUAGUCAGCAGUUCCAUUAGAUUUUGGGAAAGACGAAAUUGCAAUAAAAGCUGGAAAAAAAUUUAAAGAAUAAUCAUAAAAGGUUUUAUAGCUUUUAGAAAGAACAACUAAAAUGUUAUACAAAAAUAAGAUACCUUAACCUCCAAAUCCAAAAAUCUUAAAGUAAUAAUAACAAUAGUUGAAAGAACUUCAACAGUAACAUCCUAGUUCAUUUGAAAUUAGAAGUCAAAAGCAUUUAUUAGUAAAAAGUAGAAGUGAAAGCAACGAUUUAAAAUUUCCACUAGUAAAUGGUAAACUAAUUAAUCCUCUUGUAAGAAAGGUUGUCCCAUUAAAUUAAUUGAACCAUGCAACUCUUCCUGAUAUUAAACCUGGUUCAUUUGUAUCUUUAAGAGAUGAAAAGAAAUUUGAAAAUCUUCAUUAUUUUAAAAGUCCAUAAAAUUAAUAGAGACAUACUGAUCAUCAAAAUAAUACUAGUCGUCAAACUGUUAGUUUGAAUAUAAAAAAUUAAAUUGGAGAAUUUUUAACUUAAGUAUAGAAUUUUAUUGAUUAAGCUUGAUGAUGCUCAAGAGUAAUUUUCUAAAAUAUAUCCAUCUGAUUCUGAAAUUUAGAAAAUUUAGGAUAAUAUGAGUAAGAAUAUGAGAUAAAUUGGCAAUACUCCAUUAGAAAGCUUAAAAUAUUUGACAAAGAGGAAAUUCAAUAUAUCUAAAAAGUAUGAAUUGAGAGGUAAGAGAAACAAAGUUCUUCAAAUUUUAUGA